UGUAGCUAAUCUCAGUGAUUUGUCCUUACUGUUCAGAUCUAGAAUGGCUGCUUUACAUCACCUGAGGCAGUACCACCCCUUGUGCAUUGCUGUCUCUAAGCUUCACACGAGCAGCCAUGCCUCUGCCAAACAGCAUUACAAAAUGCUUGUGCUCGGAGGAGGAAGUGGAGGUAUUACAAUGAGUGCACGAAUGAAGAGGUUAAUGGGAGCUGAGAAUGUGGCUGUUGUGGAGCCCAGUGAGGUGCACUACUAUCAGCCACUAUGGACCUUGGUUGGCGCUGGUGCAAAGUCUGUAGCCUUGUCAAGCCGUCCCACUGCAAGUGUUAUACCAUCUGGAGUGAAGUGGGUGAAAUCUAAAGUUCAGGAAGUAAACCCAGACAAGAAUACUGUCUACACAGAUGAUGGGUCUCAAAUCUCCUAUGAGUAUCUGAUUGUGGCUCUUGGUUUACAACUCCAUUAUGAGAAGAUUAAAGGACUGCCAGAAGGGUUUGAGCAUCCAAAGAUUGGGUCAAACUAUUCAUUCGAAACUGUGGAGAAAACAUGGAAAGCGCUGCAGAACUUCAAGGAGGGCAACGCUGUGUUCACUUUCCCAAACACUCCUGUGAAAUGUGCUGGAGCGCCACAAAAGAUAAUGUACCUAUCAGAUGCCUUUCUCAGAAAGACAGGGAGAAGGGCACAGGCCAAGGUCAUAUACAACACAUCGCUACCUGUGCUCUUUGGGAUCAAGAAAUAUGCUGACUCACUGUGGGACAUUGUUAAACGCCGUGACUUACAAGUGAAUCUGAGGCAAAACCUGAUUGAAGUUCGGGCAGACAAGAAGGAAGCUGUGUUUGAAAAUCUUGACAAACCAGGUGAAACCAAAGUGAUUGAGGUAACUGUGCUUUGUAAUUUUAUUUCUCUAUAAAUCCUGGAAUAAUGAUUUCUA